UCCUGUGAUACUUCCUCCGUGAAGACAGCCAUCCCUUCGGUAAUAUCAAAGUGGACCGGUUUAUUUCUGUGGUCUUUCUGUUUCAGAGAAUCUAAUCUUUAGUCGCUACGACCUUAGUACUUAUCACAUCUGAUUUUUCGGGUUUUCAUUGGUGAUAACCGCCCAUAGAAAAAGGAGAAGAUGACUACGCGCGCCGGCAAACUUGGUUCUUGUUCUGCGGUCCUCUUCCUACUCAGUGCCGCGACUGCGGUUCUGGGUCAGGGCGCCCCCGACUUUCAGACGGUUCUCGGCGGAUUUUACACCGAUCCCAACCACUACAAACCGGGCACGCUGUAUGAUGCAAGAAGAAAAACUGUGUCAGUGUAGAUUUGUGUUGCAGAUUACUCGAAAAACCGUAAUUAGCGGCUAAGUUGGUACGGCCCACAGAACAAGAGCAAGCGAAUGAAACUUUUUCCGCACGACUGCUAGCUCCUGCAUUCUCCGACUUCCCGAGCUAAGUGCUGCAGGAUUUCUCUCCUUCUGCUUUUUCCCUGGGGAAAAAACCGCGCGCGUCCGUACUUGAGAUUUUGCGUUUUAUUCACUCGAUGACGAUGAUGCGCAAAUGCAAAAACUGUGAGGCAUAAGUUCCCUAAUGGCGCGUGCCAUUAGGGAACUUAUGUUUUUGCAUUUUCGAAAAACAUAAGUUCCCUAUUGGCACGUGCAACUAGGGAACUUAUGGCUCGAGAUUUUGGGUUUUUCUUUUUUUUCACUCCAUCCUGCGAAAAGAAAACGCAAAAACUCUGAGGCAUAAGUUCCCCAAUGGCACGUGCCAUUAGGGAACUUAUGUUUUUGCAUUUUCGAAAAACAUAAGUUCCCUAUUGGCACGUGCAACUAGGGAACUUAUGGCUCGAGAUUUUGGGUUUUUUUCACUCGAUGAUGCGCAAGUGGAAAUGCAAAAACUCUGAAGCAUAAGUUCCCUAAUGGCGCGGGCCUUUAGGGAGCUUAUGUUUUUGCAUUUUCGAAAAGCAUAGAAAUAGAUAUCCUAUUUGAGUGCGUAAAUAGGAAGCUAGUCCUUUGAUGAAGCUUUGGUUUUUUUCCGCAAAGGGAGCGCUUUGAAGCUUUGGCUUUUUUCCGCAAGAAUAGAAAGGGAGCGCCUCGCCCUGGUGCAAGGGUUUUCAUUUCUGCUCGUGUCAUGGGGACCACGCACGGCGCGACGCAAUAGCUUUCUUGUUUUGUGGCUCGGAAAGAGUUACCACUUUAGCCGCUUAUUACGGUAUGCCGAGUAUGCGAGAGACGCUUACAUUUGUCAUGCUGGAUAAGUAGUAUGUGUUGCCACACGCUGUUUUUUUUGCAUAGGUGCAGCUUUGCAGCCCCGUGCUUCCUACGCAUGACAAGUUUUUUCUCUCCAUACGCUGGAAGGUAUCCGGUUGAUGGGCUUUCCCGCCACGCCCGGUUCUAGCGAAUUCGCCUUCACGGGGUCCGACGACUAUCCAAUGUAAAACGUCCCUACGAGGACCCCGGAGUUGUCAUGCAGAUUUGCAAUUACAGGAACAGUUGUUAUGCGCAUCCCCAUGAGCAGAGGCAUUUCCAGUCGUGUUUCGGCACUUGGAAUGCUCCAAAUAGAAUGAGGAAAUGUGAUUGUGAUGCGGCUGUCCUUGAUGAACUGCACUUCUGCAGUACAUAGUACAGAGAAGAACUUGUUGAAUCAUGCGUGACUCGUCCCAAAACUUCUUCUGGACUUGUGUUGCCAAGUUAGUACGUAGUCUCCAACAUCUUGACUAUGGGGUCCUCGUGGGGACGUUUUAUUUACACAGGAUAACGACGGGGCGAAAUUUUGGAAGGCGAGCGGCAAGAUUUUGGACAUAUCAACUGUAAAAAUGUCUGGGUCUGGAAGAAUGUAUGUUUGUCAUGCUUGUCUGGCAUGACUGUAUAAAUCUGUCAUGCACGUUACCCAAGAGCUCUAUUUUUCUGUGAUGCAGAAACGCAGUUUGUCAUGCAGAAUAGGCAACACCUAGAAGCUCAGAAACUUGUCAUGCUGAGCCAGCACUUGUGGCCUCAUCAUGAGACGCCACCCAGCAUCACAAGUUUCCAGACCCAGACAUUUUUACAUUUGGUAGGACAGCGCGGAGUGGGAAACGAAGAAGCUGGUCAUAUCAACUGAAAAUAUGUCUGGUUCGGGAAGAUUGCCAGGUUUGUCAUGCAGGUUUCGGAUCAUGCCCCAGAAGGUCUGGAAUACGGGUCUAGCAUCACAAAUCUACUUGAGAAGGCUUCUGAAUGCCUAAUCCGCAUGACAGAUUCCCUGUUUCGGUCACAAGAAAUGGGCAACCUUUGCUGUCCAUGCAUGAAAGAUUUUCGUGUGAUGUGAAAUGCGCAUCACAAGUUUGCAUCUUUUCAAACCCAGACAUAAUUUUGCAAUGCAUAGGUCAAACUGCAAACGAACUUCCAUGAGAAGGGCGCGCCGGCCGAUUAUCACACAGAAAAAAGCAGGCAGGGCAUAUUUGUUUUGCGAAAUUGAAAUUAUAGCAGAAAAAUUUGUCAUGGGCGAGCUUGUAGCGUGCGGUUUAUGAUAUGCAAUACAGAUUUUUUUGCUUUUUAAUUUUUGAAUUACAAAUCUGACCUGCCUUUUUUUUUCUGUGGGAUACCGAUUUUGCAGAGUUCAAGGGAACGUUUGACGGGGUCACCUAUCAAAAGCAAAAAUCCCCCCUCCCCAUAUCACAACGGAAAUCUGUGAUGCGGGACUUGUGUACACAAAUCACAUCUGUCUUGCAGUGAGGCACUGCAGGCAAAGCCCAAGCCUGUGCAGGGGUGCUUUGGCGUAGGUGCUUAGCAUAGCAGAGGCCUUCCAUGUAUCCGUAACAGCAUUGCGAAUCGCCUGUAUAAGUCGGCGGAUUCUUUUGAUCUACCCCCUUGCAAGAGAGACAGGGUUUGCGGUCACAAAUCAGCAUGACAACUUUUUAGGAGCAUACAUUUUCAGUAUGGGGAGGGGGGAUUUUUCCUCACAAUAUCACCGGAAGAAUCACCUGGCAGGACGGCAAUGCCUGGGUCCGGCAGAAGGAAGUGAGUUUGGACUUCGCGGGAGGGAGCAGUGGCGCGGGCUCGAGUACGGAUGCUACUGCUGCUGCUGCUGCUGCAACUUUGGCUGAAAAGAAACAACAUGACUCGAUUGACAGUGUUGAGCAGAACUUUAUCGCGAAAGAAAACGACAACUUGUAA